AUGCCUUUCGAUCUCAAAAACGCCGAGGCAACCUAUCAGCGGGCAAUGAUCGCACUCUUUCAUGACAUGAUGCAUAAAGAGAUAGAGGUCUAUGUCAAUGACAUGAUUGCGAAGUCCAACGAAGGUGAAGGUCAUCUGGUCAACCUUAAGCGGCUAUUCGAUCGUCUUAGGAAGUACAAGCUCCGACUCAACCCAGCGAAGUGCACCUUUGGCGUCAAGUCAGGGAAAAUUUUAGGGUUUGUAGUCAGUGAAAAGGGCAUUGAGGUCGACCCCGACAAGGUCAAGGCGAUCAUGGAGCUGCUCCCUCCAUCAACACGAAGAUCCACUUUCCUUGCACAAAACAACAUAGCUGAAUACGAAGCAUGCAUCUUUGGCUUACAGGCAGCAAUCGACCUCAAAGUCAAGGAGCUAGAAGUGUUUGACGAUUCCAUGCUCACGAUCUUUCAGACGCUCAAACAGUGGAAAACAAAAGAUCCAAAGCUGGUACCGUAUCACGAAUAUCACGAGGAGUUGAUAGAGAACUUUGAGAAUAUCUCGUUUAUAUACACAACACGCAUGAAGAACCAGUUUGCUGACGCACUCGCAACGCUCGCAUCUAUAAUGAGCAUUACGAAUGAGAAUCUCAUCGAGCCUCUCGAGUUUGAGAUUGCCAAAGGCCCUGCCCACUGCGACAUGAUCGAGGCUGUCGAUUGCAAACCUUGGUAUGGAGAUAUCAAGCAUCUAUUGCAAACUGGCCAAUUCCCUGCUUUCACUGAUCGACAUGAUCGAAGAACUCUCUGA